AAGGAGCGUAGCGUUCGAAUAAUGAAUUCCACGAGGCGGCACUUCGUUCAACGACGACGUGGUUCCCGCCAUCUACCAUCAUUCCAUUUCGACAUGCCGGCGCGAAUGAUGGUCCAUUAAGCCCCUGUCCGUGAUCAUGAGUCCACAUUUCAAUAUUGACAUCCACACGAAUGACACACUCGACGACAACCUGCUUCUUCCUCGACUGCCACCAGCCCGCGCUGCCAGGUCUCAACAAAUGCGCCAUGCACAAGAACAAACUCAAGUGCUCGAUGGACGGCUGCACCAACCAGGUUUACGCGCGGUACCUCUGUGUGCGGCAUGGCGGCAAGAAGCAGUGCCAAGCCGACGGCUGCGACGUCGCCGUGAGCCGCGGUUCGUUUUGCGUCGAUCAUGGUGGCGCCCUCGCCAAGCGCUAUUGCACCGAACCCGGCUGCGAUCGGCAAGCGCACGCGCGUUACAAGUGCGUGCGCCACGGCGGUGGCCGGCGCUGCAAAGUCGACGGGUGCCUCCUCCGAGCGCGGUCGAGUGGGCACUGUAAAUCGCACGGCGGCGAGAGCCCAAAGGCGACACCGACCCGGAAAGAGAGCGGCGACGACGACGACAUCUUUUUGGACCUACCCGACUUGAUGGACCUCUCUGCCUCUGAGGAUGACCCGAUGCUCGCCUCGACACUCGAUGACGCGAUCGACGAGUCGAUCUGGAGCGCGCUCUCCCCUAGUUUGCUAAACUGA